AUGGAAACAAAUGUGUCUUCUCAUAAAGUAUUUAAUAAUAAUGCAUUACCCAAAUUAAAAAUAAAUAUCUCUUAUUCUCAAGUAACAAAAGAGAAUACUAUAGGAAACGUGACUAAGACUUCUUUAUUCUGCUUGUCUGGUAAUAAAAAUUCGAAUGAGCUUAUACAAGAGAAUACACAAGAUUCAGACCUAAUAAAGCAUCUAUUAGCACUUUACCAUGAUAUAGAUUAUUCAUGUAUAAGUUCUCAAAGAAUUGGAUAUGAAAAUCAUGACAUUUCCAAAUUAAGAAAGAGAAAAAGAGAC